ACACUGGACCCCAUGGUAAUAGGUAACCGUCCCGUUCAGACACUGGACCCCAUGGUAAUGGGUAACCGUCCCGUUCAGACACUGGACCCCAUGGUAAUAGGUAACCGUCCUGUUCAGACACUGGACCCCAUGGUAAUAGGUAACCGUCCCGUUCAGACACUGGGCCCCAUGGUAAUGGGUAACCAUCCCGUUCAGGCACUGGACCCCAUGGUAAUGGGUAACCGUCCCGUUCAGACACUGGAUUCCAUGUUACUGGGCAAAAGUCCCGUUCAGACACUGGAUUCCAUGUUCCUGGGCAAACGCCCCGUUCUGACACUGGAUUCCAUGUUACUGGACAAACGUCCCGUUCAGACACUGGAUUCCAUUUUACUGGGCAAAGGUCCCGUUCAGACACUGGAUCCCAUGUUACUGGGCAAACGUCCCGUUCAGACACUGGAUUCCAUGUUCCUGGGCAAACGCCCCGUUCUGACACUAGAUUCCAUGUUACUGGGCAAACGUCCCGUUCAGACACUGGAUUCCAUGUUCCUGGGCAAACGCCCCGUUCUGACACUAGAUUCCAUGUUACUGGGCAAACGUCCCGUUCAGACACUGGAUUCCAUGUUCCUGGGCAAACGUCCCGUUUAG